AUUUUAUCUUUAAUAAAAAUUAAACAGGACUUGAAUGUCAUGUUAUAUAAGCUUGAAACUGCAUAUGUGCUGCUGCUGGCAUGACUUCGCUGGACUGAACCACUCAGAAUCUCAUAUUGGAUACAUGGAGAAUGGCUGAACAUCAGAUCGAAGACCCAAAGAUUGCAUUUGCAUAUCUCCGCCCAUCAUGUGUCCUCCUGACCAAAGAACCAACAUCCGCGAACGUAGAAGCUCUUAGCGGUCAUCUGCGCGGUAUAAGCGAUGGAGCUCUCCAACAGCUCCAGGACUAUGUACUGUUUCCCCUCAGAUUUGUCCUCAAAACCCCUGGCUCCAAACGGGAGGGAUUUAUCCAGGUGGUCAUGGAAACCAUGACGUAUGUGCUGGAGAACACAUGCGUACAGCGUUGGGAUUCUCUUCGGGAUCUUUUCUCUGAGUUGUGCCUUUGUCUUUGUUCCCCAAAAGACCCGGGAAAGCCCGCCAUUUCCUCCGAGGAACUAAAGCUGGCCGUCCUCAGAUGCCUUGACACCCUCUUGCACUCGGCCUAUGGUGACAUUGUUUUUAAACUGUACGAGCCAAGCAUGUUGCCCGGACUUGGAGCAGCCGUGUCGCUACUUCUGGCACUUGCAGAGCACGAAAAGGCAAGGGGAGUUCAAUUGGCAUCCCUUAAAUGUCUCCUUUCUUUAUUUCUACAAUGCAACUGCAAGGAGGAACACAUCGACCCAGGACAAAACGAGAGGUAUCUUCUUGGACGUGCCCUCGCCACAUUUUUGCCUGGCAUUUCUCGAGCGCUGAGUGAGGUAAUAAGCGGAGACAUAAGACAAGGCCAUGCCGUCACGAUGAAGGCCAUGAGGGUUUGGUACAAAUCGGUAGGACUGGUAAUGGCCAAUGACCAGCUUCAGAAGACAGACAUUGACAGGGCAGCUGGGGAUCUGGGGAGGGUUGAGGAGCUGGUUGUAAAGAGGACUCCAUCUUGGCGCAAAGCCACUUCCCAGCGCCUUGCCAUAGUCUUACAAAAGAUCAUUUCUUGCACUUCUUCCCACCCGCACUGGAGAAUCAGGCUUGAGUUGGUCAAUCUAUCCCAUCUUCUCCUUUCUCAGUGCAGCCAGUCUGUGGGUGAAUGUGUUGGUCCUCUACUGGAAGCAUUGGUAGGUGCCAUCAACGAUGAGGAGCCUGAGGUUAAGAAAAGGUGCAAUGCUGCAUUGAAUGAAGUGGCACAAAAAGGUCAAGCCAAUGGCGGACAGGACUUUACAGAUGUUCUAUCUGAAAACCUCCACAGCUUGGCGUCAUCCUUACCUCGACUCAUGAGAACGUCGGAUGACCAACGCAAGCUCUUUGUCCUUAACGUAUUCCUUGGGUACCUCAAGAUUCUGGGACCUAAAGUUAAUGCAGUACUGAGGUCAUCGGUCCAUCUUGAGCGUAUCUCCAAAGCAUUGAUGCAGGUGAUGGAGCUUGACGUUACGGACGUUAAAAUCAUUGAGGAGAGAACUCUUAAGUCUUCAACAGACCUGGGACCUGAUGUGCACCAAGUCCCAUCCCAGAGGAAAUAUUUCCUCUACUUCACAGACGAAAGGAUAUUCUCAGCGCUCGGGAAGAUCUGCCGCAUGUUGGGAUACUACGGAAACCUCUACCUUCUUGUUGACCGCUUCAUGGAAUUGUACAAGGAGUCCUCGGUUUACAGAAAGCAAGCUGCUUUGGUCCUCAAUGAGGUAAUUGUUGGUGCUGCAGGCAUUGGCGUAGAGACGGACAACUCUAGGAUUGAUAGUUCAGGAAUAAACCAGUCUAGAACAAAUCAAGAAGACUUGAAAUCUUCAAUCAUGUCUAUCAUCGAGGAGUACAUCAGUUUGAGCAACUGGCAUCUCCCUACAGUCUCGGAGGCCUUGGAAGGGAAACUUGAGACUACAACCUCCUUAGUGCCCAAUUAUCCAGAACGAAACUGUCUCCAACUGCUUCCCGCAUCCAAAACCCCAACGCUCCACCAACUCAACAGCAACAUCUGGCAAAUCUGUAUCCAGUUGGAGGGUAUCGGAGGCUUCGCCCUGGCUUUAGGCACUGAUUUCCGUCUGCUUCUCAUGACAUCCCUAUACCCUGUGCUGGAGAAGGCCGGAGAUGAGUCGCUUCUCGUCAGCCAAGCGGCUUUCAACGCAAUGUGCGACCUCUGCAAGGCUUGCGAUUACAGUUCUCCCAAGGAGCUGGUCAUCAAGAAUUCAGACUACCUACUCAAUGACGUUUCUCUAAACCUCGCCAGACCCAGCAUUCACCCUCAUGCUCCGAGAGUUCUUGCGGUCAUGUUCACUCACUCGGACGCCAGUCUGCUGCCUCUAGUGGCCGAUGUGGUGCAGGACGUGUUAACGGCACUUGAUCUCAGCUAUGACCAGAGAACGCCACAGUUCUGUAGUGUGCUGCACUUACUCAUGAAGGCACUUGUGAGAUGGUUCCCUGCUACUAUGGGACACCAGAAGACAUCCAGCAAAGAGACCCAGAGUAAAGAGUGUGUGAACUUGAGGCAGUUUCUCCUGGACUAUAAGAAGCAGAAGGAGCUUGGUGAAGGCAUUGGAGUAGAGGAGGAAGAUCCUAAUGAACUAGACGUUCCUCCACCAGCGAGUGUUUCCGAUGAGGACGUGGAAGGUCCUGCUGAGAAAAAGGAGCUUCCUCUUCAUAUCCAGAUUGCAAAAGACGUGAUGGAGCGAUGCAUUCACUUGCUCUCCGACUCCAACCUGAGAACCCGACUCAAGGUGUUGGACAUCCUGGAGCUGUGUGUGUGUGUUUUAUGUGAGCGAGAGGAUGAGCUUCUUCCCAUGGUGCACCGGUGCUGGCCUGCUCUCCUCCAGCGCCUCACCAACGAUGACCCUCUCGCUGUACCGCGAGCAUUCAAGGUGCUGUGUGUUCUUGGGCAGUCGUGUGGAGAUUUCCUCAGGAGACGCGUGUCUAAAGAGGUUCUUCCCCGUCUCACCUCCUCUCUGAUGAAGCAGGCGGAGAUCAGCGCUCGCUCCGGGCCCGUAUACACACACACACUGGCUUACAAGCUCCAGCUCGCUGUGCUGCAGGGUCUCGGACCUCUGUGUGUCCGACUGGACCUCAUGGAGGCGGAUCUGGAUCGAGUGUGUGAGGCGUGUCUUCUGUACCUGAGCUGCCGACAGCCAAUCAAACUGCAGGAGGCGUGUCUCAGUGUGUUCCGGUCCCUGAUGGAUCUGGACGCUGAUAUGUGCUGGUUCACUCUGAACGAGCUGUUCUGUCCUGUAACGUACGAGCCGCCUCAUCCACAGCUUCUCCCCGUGACACUGAGUGGAUCCGACAAGCCCAGAGACCAAUUCACCGACAACGUCCUGAAAUUACUGCAGGAGUUUGAUUCCCUGCAGGCGGACAGAUGAGACUCCCGAGGUCUAGAUGACAAUAACAGGGAUGCUUAUGUCUGAAUGCUAGAAUCAGUCUAGUAUUCUGAUCUUCAUUCACUACACGUAUGAAUGGAAGACGUUUUGGACAUACUGUUAAAAGUUGACUUUGUCACAAUGCAGAUUGACAUAUAUACAAUAAAACAAACUGAUUGAGAAAAAAAACAUGUAUUCCUUACA